CUCAGAGCUCACAAAUUGAAAGAGAUGAGAGAAGGAAAGGUAAGAGGCCACUUGAAGGUGAUUCAUCACAAAGCAGUAAAAGUGGCAAAACAAAUCAAACAAAAAAAACAGGGAUGGCGGCAUUUCAAGAAAUGUUUGGUGGCAUGAUGGAAGUGGUUUCGAAAAGGGGUGAAUCAAUCAACGAAAUUACUAAUUUAAUGAAAGAUAUGAUUAAAGCCAAUUCAAGUAAGAACACUUCAGAAUACAGUCUUGGAGAAGCAAUGGCAAAACUGUGUUGCUUGGAUGGUCUAUCUACCACUUCUCCCGAGUUUUUCUUUGGUUGUUCAAUGUUUGAAGAUCCGCAACGACGGACAAUUUUCUUUUGUUUACCGGAUGACAAUAGUAGGGUUGAGUACAUCAAGUUUAUGUACAAUAAGUUAGGGAACUAAAUUUGUUUGGAUGUUUAUGAGCUUUUACCUUAGACAUUUAAUUUUCUUAUGCUCGUUGGAAUGUUAAUU